AUGGCGGUAGCGCCGGACUUCCUCUGGCCUAUUGUGUCCAUCACCGGCCUUUUGGCACCUCUUUUUCUCUUCGCGUACUAUGGUUUCCGAGUUUACUGCGUUGCAAACGCCGAGAUGAAUACCAACUACCAGCUGGGUCUUGCAUGGUUCUUCCUAAUCAUCGAGUUUUUCCAGUAUCUGCCUGGCGCCAUGCUAUAUUUCAACCGCGUAUUCGUUAUCCGCCGUCCACGAAGACCAAAACUCAACCUUGAAGGAGAUGACGUUCCAGUAGUGUCUGUGUUGAUCACUGCUUGCGGAGAAGAUCAUGACACCAUUCUCAACGUUGUCAGGGCUGCGUGCGAGACGGAUUGGCCCAAGGACCGUCUCAGUGUGAUUCUUUGCGAUGACGGUCGUUCGAUUGAUCUUGAGGACAAGAUGUUGCAGGUGAAGCGAAAAUAUCCGCACGCACACUACACGAGCCGCAAACAACCAGAGAUCCCGGAUUACAAAGCAGGCAAUCUAAACAACGGUCUCGCAUUCAGCGCAACGCUCAACGAUACACCUUCACCAUUCGUAGCUGGCCUAGACGUCGACAUGAUAGUUCAACCAAACUGGCUUCGAGCGAUGAUGCCGCACCUUCUCAACGACCCCAAACUGGCCAUGACAUGUCCACCGCAGUACUUCUGGAACAUUCCCCGUAACGACCGCGUACGUCAAGAUCUCGAUUACUUCUAUGCUGUAACGGAGCUUGUGCACGACGGGCUUGGUUCAGGCGACUGCGUUGGAUCAGGAUACCUAGCACGAAGGGAGGCAAUAGACGACAUUGGUGGAUUCCCAACGUAUUCCAUUAGCGAGGACACGGCUUGUAGCUCCAUGCUACUAGGGAAAGGGUGGUCCGUGGCGUACAUCGAGGAGUAUCUGCAAUGUGGAGAGAUGCCGGAUUCGCUGUCUGGACAUAUCAAGCAGCGGACGAGAUGGACCAUCGGCAACGUGCAAACAGCUAUCAAGCUCCGAUUCCGCCUCUGGGGUCCAGCAGUACCAUACUGCAACGCCCGUCAACGCUUCGCAGGCCUCGUCUUCGGCCUAGGCUCUUUUGUAAACAGUGGCUUGACAUGGAUAGGCUACAUCGGCAACCCACUCGCUCUACUCUCCGGCUACCCCUUCGUCGUCUGGUACCAGCCCUGGCAGCUCGCAUGGCUCCUGCGGCUAGUUUGCCUCUGGGUGUUUACCGACACGGCACAUAAAGCUAGCAUGGCGCUGUUCAUCGGGUACAGAGAUGGUAUGCGUUGGGAACAAGCUGACAUCUGGCUGGUCCCGUACUACACGCUAUCUCUUGUUCGGGGGUUCAUGCUGCCGGAUAGGUUUGGUGGGACGAAGCCGGGGUUUACGCCUAGUGGAAGUUUGUCAUCGGAGAUCCGGGAGCGUGGUCCUAAGCCGUCGGGGCUUUAUGGCCGCUUUCGCGCUAUUUUUGUGCAGCAGUUGGUGUGGAUACACGCCUGCUAUAUAUUGGCUUGCCUUCUUGGUGUAGCACUCAACCUGGUACGCUGCUUCGACUCAUCGGCUCGAAUCAGUACCGCUUACACAGCCGCGGUGCCCACACUAUCGGGCCACGAUCGGUGGGUUUUCUUACUCACCAGGAUUGGAUGGCCGCCAGUAUGGUGGCUCGGCCAGCUGAUAAGCUGUUGGAUUCCAUUGUGCUAUUGUUUCUGGCCACCGAAGGAGGUCACUGCCGAUGAAGCUUUGCAAACAGACGAGAAGACGUUGGUACGGUACCCAAAAGAAGAGUAUUCACGCCCUAUAAGGGCAAGGCUUGGACGGCUUAGCGACCAUUGGACUUUGAUCGUGUUUUUGUACACUGUCGUAUGUUUUGCUGCGUCUUUCUAUGUCUAG